AUGGCAGUCAGCACUAUCAACAUGGCACCUUACUUCACUGGCUAUCCUUUUCAAGGACAGGGUCGCGUGAACCAGCUGGGUGGUGUAUUCAUCAACGGCCGUCCAUUACCAAACCAUAUACGUUUGAAGAUCGUCGAGAUGGCAGCGGCCGGCGUUAGGCCGUGCGUCAUAUCAAGGCAGCUCAGGGUCUCACACGGCUGCGUCUCCAAGAUCCUGAAUCGGUAUCAGGAAACGGGAUCGAUCAGACCCGGCGUGAUUGGCGGCAGCAAGCCGCGAGUCGCUACGCCGGAAGUCGAGGCGAGGAUCGAAGAUCUUAGGCGGCAGAACCCUGGGAUCUUCAGCUGGGAAAUACGCGAGAAAUUGAUAAAGCAGGACGGAGUCUGCGACAAAGCCUCGGCACCUUCCGUAUCAAGUAUCACCAGACUUCUACGUGGACCAGCCAACCAGACACGUCCCGGCGAUGACCUACGCAGAAAUCACUCUAUCGAUGGUAUUCUUGCUGGAAGUAGCGGCGAUGACUCCGACACGGAAAGCGAACCUGGCAUCGCGCUGAAGAGGAAACAACGCAGAAGCAGGACCACCUUCACCGGCGAACAACUGGAGCAGCUGGAAGCGGCCUUUCAUCGGACGCAGUAUCCUGACGUCUACACCAGAGAGGAACUCGCACAAAAAACGAAGUUAACGGAAGCGCGAGUGCAGGUUUGGUUCAGCAACAGGCGUGCCAGGCUUCGCAAACAGCUGAACAGUCAACAACUGAACGCCUUCAACAUGAGUCUACCCUUCCAGACUCAACACUACGGCAACGGUGCCGAGAGCUAUCAGAGCUACGGGCAGGCGAGCGUUGCUGCCGCCGCGGCAACCACCGCCGGCUAUUCUCAGCAUUACAACUAUGGGGAGAACUAUUACGCGGCGCAGCAGCAAUGGCCGCGGGCGACUCCGGACAAUUACGGAUUGUUCAACGCUUCCCAUUACGGCAGCAGCAACCUUACCUCCAAUCUGACGUCCACCAAUCUCAAUCUGGGCAGUCUGGGAGGCAGCGUCAGCCCGACCGGGUCUAACAUGAGCGCCUGCAUGGUGCAAGGUGGCGCAUCCUCCUCCGGGGUGCCAGUCUCAACGGGGAUGGCGCCCCACGUGACCCCGCACAGCCCCAGCGAGGCGAAGAGCGGAUAUCCGUACUUGGGCAGCAUCGAUUCUCAGGUUUGCGGAAGAGUUCACUGAAUUUAAAUUUAACUACGAGAAAUGAUCGCGCGAUUUACGCACAAUUGCAUGAGGAGGAGAUGGCUUAAAAAAUUGUUACUGUUAUUUAUUCUGUUUUUCUUUUCGAGGCUCGAUAUGAAUUGGUAAAAAUAUUUGCGCAAGUUCCGAAAAGAUUGCUGGUUGACAAAGUGUUCUUUAUAAAAAUACAUUUGUUUUAGCUUUUAUUAUUAAAUAGUUUUUUGCGUUAUUACAUACGUUGUUACUUUUUAUUAGGAACUCAAUAGAUAUUCUUUCGGCAACGACUUUAUCGCAAUAUUUUUGUUUCCGUUUCAAGAGUAGAUGUGAAAUGUGUAUAGUCUUCAAAAUUUGAAGAGAUUUUUUUUUUAUUUAUGAAUAUGUAAUCGGUAAUUUAUAAAACGCGAAACGAUUGUAAAUAUCCUAUAGCCGCUUUAUAGAAGGUACGUGUAAGUUUUUCCACGGCGAAGCUACUGCAUAUUUAUGAUAGAGUUAAACUCACGUUUAAGUCGUACAUAGGUAAGCCGUUCACCGACUUCUGAGAAGUGUCGUAAUUACGAAGAUUUAUUCGUUAGAGUGAUUAGCAUUUGGAAGUUGUACAACAACGAUGCCGCGGAUGUUUUACCGCCUUAGAAUUGCCUUACUAUAGUAAUAAUAUAAUACAAAUGAUUAUAUAUAUUCACGAAUGACUCGCGUAUAUUUUAUGGAUAAAGCUGUAUAUAUUUAUGCGUAAAUCGUAUUGAAUUGUAGAAAGGUUAUCGAUAAAGAUAUUCUUAUCACAGUCGACGUUGUGACUUUACCCCACAAAUCAUCCAAUUGGCCAGUUCAAUUAUAUACAUCGCACAUUAUGUGCUGCUGACACGACAGUUAUAUCCGAUCUGUAUAAUGC